AUGGCGCAGGCCAGCGCAUCCGGUGAAAAUGGUUCCUGUCAUGAGAAAAAUGUGUUAGCUUUGAAUAAUGAUCGUGCAGUGGAUAGGCGACAGUCCGAUUCCAUCGAUGAUUACGGCGGCAAAAGUGUCCGAUGUUCUGCUGCUACUGUUGGUGGUGGUGGUGUUGCUGCUGCGGAUAGUUUGGAAGCCGCGCGAGCCGCCUGGACGCCACCUGUAUUUCGCAAAUAUCGGCCACCGGGUAAUGUGGAGUGGCACAAUCCGCAGGUUCGUGAUGUGCUUCGAGAAUACAAAAAUCAGAAAAUCACCUCACGGCGAGCCAUCGAUUUGAUCAAGAACAUUACUGGCAGUGUGGUGUCCACUACAACAGUGCGAGCCAAGUCUCGCAUACUCGAUGAACUGGACGCCCAGUACAUGGAAAAUGGCAACAAUUCGAGAUGUAGCAGUGUGGCGUGUGGCAGCGAGGAUGACAAUAACAAUCAUUCGUUCGUGAAAAAUGGACAGGACAAGCACCUCUCGAGCACCAUGGAGGAGUCUCUCAUCCCUUACCUCAAUACACCGUUUCUAACUCCCCCAAGUGCUCCAUAUUACGUGUCUUUUUCGCGCCGAUUCAAGCAGACUUCACUGACGGUGCCUCUGAAUCCGGAGGAGGUGCGCAUCUAUCGGCAUGCAUCGCAUUCGAAAUCUGGCCGAACCAUACAUUUCCGGUGUUCUCGUUGCGAUACGCUCCAUCAGACUUAUAAAAGUGGUUAG